AUGAGGUCCGUCUCUAUUCUCUCUCUUGCCACAGCUGUUGCAGCCGACUAUGGCUAUGGCGUUCAGUCGACCUCAUCCAAGCUCGGCUAUACCACUGUCUAUCCUGGGCACGGCAAAGAACCAGUCACCGUUACAGCCCAGUAUCAGCCAGUCCCGACCUAUGUCAACGGCGAAUGGUCGGAGUAUGAGGCUGUCUCAACUGUGAUCACUGAUGGCUAUGGCAAGGAGGUCACCGUUACUGCAACCAAUCAGGACGUAACCGUGUACGCAACGAAGAAAACCAUCACUCACACUGUCACUGCUACGCCUGAAGGCUAUGCUCACCCAACUGGUUAUUACAGAGGAUCGGGUGAAUCCCACACUAACAAGACAUGGUAUGAGCUCUGUGAGGAAAUUCACGAGAUGCCCUACGACCAUAUCGGACCACAUGCACUCCCUAGAUAUCCCGGAAAUCCGAAGUACACGGGCAACAAGGAUGAGCAGGGUGUGACCAUCAAGAAGUACUCUGGUGGAAAGUGGAGCACUUAUAUGCAUACCUUUACCUACGGCGCACCCAAACCACAAGUGACCACCUUCGAUGCCCCUGGCGUCUACACCGUGCCUGCCAACGACAUGACUGUCGCGACCCCUACCAUUGUCACCGCCGAGCAGACAUACCACGCCGUGGCUAACAAACCCGUCACCUACGGCGGCCAGAUCGCCGAAGUCACCAAGCCAACCACCAUCGCUGCUGUGUACAUUGGAUACGAGACUGAAGGCACCAUGACCAACACCAUCACCCACAGCACAACUGUUACAUGCUCUACUGCCGGAACAUAUACUAUCGUCAAGCCUACCACGACCGUCUACGACCACGACACCACGGUUAUAUACCCCUCCAUUACGCAGUACGAGGCCGGUGUCUACCACCACCCUGCUGAGACAGUUACUGUCACUGAGGCUCAUCAGCCGUAUACCUGCAGCUUUGAGCAGACUUCCACUUACCCUGCUGCUACCUCUGCUUCCGCCUACAGCUCGGCCCCCGUUUACAGUUCAGCUCCCAGCUACAGCACUGGAGAAGCUACCAGCACCACCCCUUAUGCUGCUGACCCGUCGUCGGAUUACGAUGAGCCAAUCGAGAGUUACGGACAUGCAUCUGCUGGUUAUGUCAAGCGCGGUGGUGUUCUUCAGCGUCGUAAGGCGGCGCCUGCUCCUGCUAAUGCGCAUGCUAAGUUCGCCAUCCUCGUUUAA